CGCGGCGAGCGAGAUCAGACGAGACCCCCCCCCACGACCCCCUCCGAGCCUGGAGCACCCUUGGGCCCGCUGGGUCACCGCGCCGCUGACACCCGCCGGCUCCGUCCCGGGGGACCCCCAGGCGCUGCGAAGGCUGCGGCGCUCCAGCCUGCGCUCUCCUUCCUCCCUUCCUUUGCUUUCCGCCUUCCCCUCCGCGGGACCCCCUUUCCCCACGGCCAGGCGAUGUCUCAGGUGCUGCCCUACAGCGAGGAGAAGCUGGGGCCCUAUGGCGACGGCGGCGAGGUGGGGCAGAUCUCCUUCACCUGCCGCCUCCAGGACACCAACAACUUCUACGCCGGGGGCCAGACCAAGCGGCCCCCCAAGCUGGGCCAGAUCGGGCGGAGCAAGUGCGUGGUCAUUGAAGACGACAGAAUUGACGAUGUUCUGAAGAACAUUUCGGAGAAACCACCUCCAGGAGUUUAAGUCUCCCCCACAGAGGCCAUGAGUAAGAAAAAGAAAAAAAAUAAAGAUGAAAGAGGCAAAAAAACAUAAUUUACCUUUUAACACAUUAUCGGGCAACUCACCCACAAAAAAAAAAAGGAAAUCUUUUUUUUUAAACGCAAACUUCGAUGUUCUCCAUUACUAGCCUGUAUUGCAAAAAAUUUGCAAUUUGUCUCCUGAUUCGGAGUCUGAAUCCUGCAGGAUGGAGGAGAAGGUGGGCUCAAGUGUGUGGAGGGGAAAAAAGAAGGAGAAAUCACGUCUGACGUGGAAAGAGUGGCAUUAAAAAUUGCACACGUUCAAAUCUUCGAGCGCAAGCUCUAGAAGGGAGGGGUUGUGCGCACGCAUGCGCGCAUGUCUUUCCGCCUGGACAAUCAAUCAUGUUUUUACGGUUUGUCUGUUUUCCAGUCUGGGUUUUCAACUUUUGGUUUCGGACAGCGAGACUGUGGGGAGAAGUUUUUUUUUAAAAAAAUCAGUAUCAUUUGAUCUCAUUGGGCUGAUCCAAAUAAGCACUUGUUUACUUGAUGAAAUCAUGCAAAAAACAAAACAACAACAAAAAAACCACACACACACACACACAAACACAAAACCACAAAACUAAAUGCAUUUGCAUAAACAUUAUUUGCAUUUCCAUUUUUAAAGAACAUCUGGGGGUUUUUUUGGAUGUUAGGGAGGGAAAGGGGGAAAGGAUGAUCUUUAAUUAUGAGUAUAAAUAUAAAUAAAUAAAUAAAUAUAUCUAUUUAAUUCUAGUUAACUUUUAAUAUUUCUGGAAAGUACGGAACUUUUUUUCUUUUCUAAGAGAAAGGGAUUCUUAGAAGAAGGGUGCUCUUGGCUUUAUUAGCAUUUUUUUUCUGGAAAACCGAUGGGAAAGUUCAGUAUUUUGGUAUGGAAGCACACAGUUGCACUCAAAGAGAAACUUAAUUUUGGAUGCAGAAGAGCAGGGGAAGGAAAUGGAUCUGUUGCUUUUUCUUAUGAUUGCCCUGAGCAAGCAGUCUGUAAUGUGGGCAGUUUCUACUUUCUUUUAAAUAUAUAUAUUCUCUUUCAUAGAGUGUAAUUAUAUAAAAGUGCAAAAAGGCAUUUAAAAAGCCCACCACCCCUGCAACAUGAGUGCCAAAUAUUCGGAAAUGCCAAAAGGUGACUUUUUUUCUUUUCAAUUUUUUUUUAAAAUUUAGUGAUCUUGAGUCCACGUAAAGUUGCAUUCUCGUACCUGACUAAUUCUCUUCUUUAUAGCGCUCUUUACCGACUUCCAUCUAUCUAUCUGUCUAUCUAUAUUAAGAGAGGGAUGUAAACAUCUUGUCUAUUAAUACUUGACUUCUCGAGUCUUCUUUUUUAAAAAAAGGACUGUAUUUCUUUCUUUCUAUUCUGAUCCUGUUUCUAGUUUUCCCGUUUCUUUGCAUGACAUGCAAAAAAAA